UUAUUUUCUUAAUUACCGUUUUAUACACCAAGCAAGGAAUGAAUGUUGCUCGCGGCACCAUUUAUAAGAGAGCGGGCUUUCUUUCUUUCUUUCACAUUCUUUGUUUCCCCUUCACUGUAACGAAACGGUGACGUUCUUCGCCACCGGAACGAAGAAACCAGCCACCGCACCGACGCCAUUGCAGUGCAGAGGCAGAGUCCAGGUCUACAACCUCUCUCUCUGUAUCUCUUUCUCUCUCUAUUCAACGCUUCAGUUUCUAUGCGUUUCGUUACAGUGUGGUUAGCGCUUUUACUUGCUCUUCAACCUUCACAACCGAUUCACUAUUGAACUUUACUCCUCACUAAUUUGCAGUAGAAGCUUGUUCGAGAAUCGUUAUCUUUCCUUUUUUGUGCGUUGAGAUGACUGGAUUAGGUUUUCACGAUAGAGAACUGGAAAGCCAUGGUUUCGCAUUCACAUGUAGAUUAGGGCAAUGAAUUUCAGAUGAAGGGUUUUUUCAAUAGGUUUUUGUAGGGCUACAUUGAAGAGAAGAGAUGGAUGGUGAAGACGUGAGUUCUGGGGCAAAGAAGAGGUCUAAACUGGUUGAAACUGAUGAUAAUGAGCUCAUUGGGUCUAUGUUUAAGGCGAGGAAGCCGCGGGAUGUGAAAAAGAAGGUUAGCUUGGCAACCGAGGGCACUGGUGGUGGUGAAGGCGAGAAUGCUGGCAGUCGUGGGGGGCUACGAGAGGGUUUAGGGGGUUUGGAUGAUACUCUGGCUAACUUUAGAAAGAGGUUGAAGGGUCCUAAGAAAGAGCAGGGAUCUGGAGCUGCAAGAGGGAAGAAAGCUUUUGCCUUGAAUGAGGAUUUGGAUGAAAAGUCUUCGCUGAAUGAGGACAAUGUCUGCGUGGGGCUUGCUGUGGGGGAUGGUGGAUCUGAUUUAGCUAUGGAUAUGAAGAUCAUGGGUAGCUGUGAAGUGAAAUUAGAGGGACCUAAUAUGGAUUUGACAUUGAAGGGAACUGAGGGUCAUGCCUUGUCUGUUGGUGAUUUGGUUGCGAAAGGGUCUAGGAGCACCGCAGAAGAUGAGAAAGGGGUGGGUGUGAUCCAGAAAAGUGAGAGCCAGAAUGUGAAUGAUGGGUUGAGCAUGUGCUGCAAAAGUUCCCCUGAAAUCGCCAAGGGCGUAUGUCAUCCAACCAUUCCUGAUGAGCCGUUAGUUGAUCCCCGUUUCUCAACCAACGCCUGCUAUGGAGGUAGCCAGCAAUUGUCUUGUGUACAACCUGAAGAUAUAUGUUCUCCUUCUGACCAAAAGGUGGCAUUACAAGAAGGAUCUUUCAAUGAUGGCUUAAAGAAGUGUUCUGCCAUGUUGCAUGAUGUUGAAGGUAAAAUCGACACAGUCUCGCUCAGAGAAGUAGGGGAAGGGGUGUGUCGGUUUAGUGAGGGUGAGCUUAAGGACACUUUGCCUGAUGAGCAAGCACAAGUAUGUAAUAGUGCACCAAAACAUGGCGAUUUUACUUAUAUGGACAAAGCAAAGUUGUUCUCCUGUGACUCCGAGCUCUUGACUAAAUCAUCUGAGAAUCUACUUAAUGAAAAUAAUCAUAUGGUUUCUGGAAAAAAUUUCCUGGGAUCCUCAAGAAAUGGAACUCUGAAGCUCUCUGGAUGCCGAACAGAGGUAGAUGAAGAUGUAAAUUCUGAAACUAAGUUUGUUUGUUGGAGAAAUUGCUGUGAUCGUAAUAAUCUAGAUACCAAGGCCGAAACACAUGGUUUUGUUGUAGGUUUCUUUCCUGAAAUAAAUUCUGUAAAUUAUGGUGGUAGUUUAGAUCCUGUGGUGUCAAAUGAAGCCAAUGAAUCUGAAUUGGCUAUUAAGUCAAAUCACCCUGAGAAACCUUCAGAAACAAGUAAUAUUCCAAAGGACUCUAAUUCCUCCAUUCCAAAAUGCACCUCGGUAUUGGAUCCGACUCAACCUUGUAACAAUACAUUUGAAGAGGGUUCCCUUCCAAAUGAUGAUUGUUUCUAUACCAAGAAAGAUACUGAUGGUGCCUCAUCUCAGGGUGCAAUUCCAGAGGAAAAUGAGAAUUGCGAAGAAUAUGCUGUCUCUGGUUCUGAGGUUGCCAAUAAAGAUAAUAAGGCAUCAGCAUCUACGCGCCGGAAGGCUAAGAAGCGUAGGCAUGGAGACAUGGCGUAUGAAGGGGAUGGUGAUUGGGAGGUUUUGAUAAAUGACCAAGCUUUUCUUGAAAGCCAAGGUGGUCUUGAUGGUGAACACAUUCACAGACCGAGAGUGAAGUUUGAUUCCUCUUUGAAUGAUGCUGUUGAUGAGUCUGACAGUGUCGCAGUAGCAGUAUCAGCUGGGCUGAAAGCGCAUGCAGCUGGUCCAGUUGAGAAAAUAAGAUUUAAGGAGAUCUUAAAGCGUAAAGGUGGUCUCCAGGAAUAUUUGAAUUGCAGAAAUCAGAUCUUAAGCCUUUGGAGCAGUGAUGUCACGCGUAUUUUGCCUCUUGCUGACUGUGGGGUUAGUGAUACUCCUUCUGAGGAUGAACCUCCUAAGUCUUCUUUGAUUAGGAAGGUCUAUGCAUUUCUUGACCAAUGUGGUUAUAUUAAUGUUGGAAUUGCCUCACGAAAGGAGAAUGUUGGAAGUAGUGCGAGCCAUAACUAUAAGCUUAUAAAAGAAAAAGGUUUCGAGGAUAGUUCUGCAGCUUCUGUUGCUGACUCUGAAGAUGGUGUGUCCUUUAUUGUUGGUCAGAAUAAAAAGUCAGAUUGCUCCAUAGAGAAUAAGAUUGGUCUUAUAGUAGAUCAUGAAGACCUCACAACUGAAGCUACAGAUGACAGGAGGCAUGUUGAUGUAGUGAUGAUGGAUUUAUCAAACAUGACACAACAUGAAGAAAGAAAGAGUGAUUAUUACCAGGAAAAUGGUGGAAUUGAGGAUGGUUUAAGUGCAAUUAUACAUGGAAAUGUUAGCAGUUCUGAGCAAAGCAAUGAAUCUACACGUGUUAAGUCUGCCUUGGAUGAUCAGAUAGGUAGUCUACUGCAUCCUGAUUCAGAGGCUACAAAGAGAGUAAUUGUCAUUGGAGCUGGUCCUUCUGGGCUAACUGCUGCUCGACACUUGCAACGUCUGGGAUUUCCUGUAACUAUACUCGAGGCAAGGAGUAGGAUAGGAGGCCGAGUGUAUACAGAUCACUCAUCUCUUUCUGUUCCUGUGGAUCUUGGUGCUAGCAUUAUCACUGGUGUUGAGGCUGAUGUGGCUACUGAGAGAAGACCAGAUCCUUCCUCAUUAGUUUGUGCUCAGUUGGGCCUUGAGUUGACAGUGCUGAACAGUGAAUGUCCUCUUUAUGACAUAGGGACGGGACAAAAGGUUCCUGCAGAUAUGGAUGAAGCACUGGAAGCUGAAUUCAAUAGUCUUCUUGAUGACAUGGUAUUGCUUGUCGCCCAGAAGGGUGAACAUGCCAUGCGAAUGUCUCUUGAAGAUGGUCUAGAAUAUGCUCUUCAAAGGCGCCAUUUGGAACGCUUUGGAAGAAAUAAUGAUCAAAUUGAACAAAAUAAUUCUGCAGACAGUCCAUUUGAUUCCAAAAGAGGCACUACCCUGCAAAGAAAAUUGGAAGAGGAGAUUUUGAGUCCUAUGGAGAGGAGGGUUAUGGAUUGGCACUUUGCAAAUUUGGAGUAUGGAUGUGCUGCUCCGCUUAAGGAAGUUUCUCUUCCCUACUGGAAUCAAGAUGACGUGUAUGGAGGAUUCGGAGGAGCUCAUUGUAUGAUUAAAGGGGGUUACAGCUCUGUCGUUGAAUCUUUAGGAGAAGGGCUUGUCAUUCACUUGAACCAUGUUGUAACAAAUGUGUCUUACGGAAGCAAGGAAAAUGGUCAAGGUGAUAAGGUCAGAGUAUCUACAUCAAAUGGCAAUGAUUUCUUUGGAGAUGCUGUUCUGAUUACUGUUCCAUUAGGCUGUUUGAAGGCUGAAACUAUAAAAUUCUCUCCCCCUUUGCCGGCAUGGAAACAGUCUUCUAUUCAGCGCCUUGGAUUUGGAGUUCUCAAUAAAGUGGCAUUGGAAUUUCCUCACGUGUUUUGGGAUGAUGCUGUUGACUACUUUGGAGCAACAGCUGAGGAGGCGAGCAAAAGAGGCCACUGCUUUAUGUUCUGGAAUGUCAGGAAGACAGUCGGAGCUCCAGUCCUCAUAGCAUUAGUGGUUGGGAAGGCAGCCAUAGAUGGUCAGAAUUUGAGUUCUUCUGAUCAUGUUAACCAAGCAUUAAUGGUUCUUCGGAAACUUUUUGGGGAUGCUUUUGUACCCGAUCCUGUUGCACAUGUUGUGACUGAUUGGGGCAGGGAUCCUUUUAGUUAUGGUGCUUACUCUUAUGUUGCCAUUGGAGCAUCAGGAGAAGACUAUGAUAUAUUAAGGAGGCCAGUUGAUAACUGCCUGUUUUUUGCUGGUGAAGCGACCUGCAAAGAGCAUCCUGAUACCGUUGGUGGUGCGAUGAUGAGUGGACUCCGGGAAGCUGUGCGCAUAAUUGACUUAUUUAGCACCGGAAAUGAUUAUACUGCUGAGGUGGAGGCAAUGGAGGCUGCACAGGGACAGUCAGAAACUGAAAGAGAUGAAGUUAGGGGUAUAAUAAAGAGACUUGAUGCAGCAGAGUUUUCUAAUGUAUUGUACAAGAAGUCUGUGGAUGGUGCUCGAAUCUUGAGUCGGGAAGUUUUGCUUAGGGACUUGUUCUUCAAUACAAAAACCAAUGCUGGGCGCUUGCAUGUAGCCAAACAAUUGCUGACUCUUCCUGUUGAAACCUUAAAAUCCUUUGCUGGGUGUAAAAAGGGGUUGACCAUUCUCCACUCAUGGAUACUGGACUCAAUGGGGAAGGAUGGCACCCAACUCUUGCGGCACUGCGUUCGUCUUCUUGUGCGAGUUUCAACUGAUUUACUUGCUGUGCGGUUAUCAGGCAUCGGGAAAACAGUGAAGGAAAAAGUCUGUGUACAUACUAGCCGUGAUAUUCGUGCUAUUGCAAGCCAGUUGGUUAGUGUAUGGCUUAAAGUCUUCCGCAAGGAAAAAGUAUCUAAUGGAGGACUAAAGCUGUCAAGACAAGCAACUGCUGUAGAUAUAUCAAAGAGAAAAUUUACGAGAGAUCCAGCAUCAGGAAAGCCACCCCUGAGUACACAUCAUAGUACCUUUGAGAAUAAAGGAGGCAUGCUAACUCCUGCAAAUAAUUCACCUUCCAUUGCACAUGUGAAGAAAUCACAUGGCAAGCAAGGAAGACAGCAAGCGGCAGAUGACUUGAAGCAUGAUGUCAGUUCUUCCAUGUCCCAAGGUUCAACGGGUGCUGAGGUGAAGGACAACCACUGUGCUAUGUCUGAAGAAGAACUGGCUGCUAUAGCUGCUGCAGAAGCUGCUUGUGCAAAAGCACUUGCUGCUGCCGAGGCAUAUGCCUCAGCAGAAACUAGGUGCAGUACACUACUCCAGCUUCCGAAGAUACCCUCUUUCCUCAAAUUUGCUAGACAGGAACAAUAUUCCCAAAAUGACGAGAGUGAUAUUAGGAAAAAGGGGCCUGGUGGUGUUUUGGGAAGGCAAGAUUGUAUUUCAGAGAUUGAUUCUAGAAACUGCAGAGUUAGAGAUUGGUCUGUAGAUUUCUCUUCUGCUUACGUUAACCUUGAUAAUUCCAGAAUGUCAGUUGAUAACCUCUCACAGCGGAGCCAUUCAAAUGAGAUUGCCAGUCAUUUGAAUUCCAGAGAGCACUCGGGAGAAAGUGCUGCUGUGGACAGCAGUAUAUACACAAAAGCUUGGAUUGACGCAGCUGAAGGUGUGGGAAUGAAGGACUAUCAUGCCAUUGAGAGAUGGCAAUCUCAGGCAGCUGCAGCACAUUCUGAUUCUUCUAAUCCAACCAUACAUUUGAAGGAUGAAGAGGAUUCAAAUGCCUGCUCUAGGCUACCCAGCUGGAAGCAGGAUGGUAUGGCAAAUGAAAGCUCUAUUUCACAGGUUACUGUGAAUAAGGAGAUUUCAAAAUGUCAUUCUCAAGGAGUAGAGCAUAUUAAACAGGCUGUUGUGGAUUAUGUUGCGUCUCUACUGAUUCCCCUUUAUAAGACGAGAAAACUAAAUAAAGAUGGAUACAAGGCUAUAAUGAAGAAAAGUACAACCAAGGUCAUGGAGCAAGUCACAGAUGCAGAAAAAGCCAUGGCUGUUCAUGAGUUUCUGGAUUUCAAGCGGAAGAAUAAGAUUCGCUCCUUUGUGGACAAAUUGAUUGAGAGACAUAUGGAAAAGAAAUGUGAUGUGAAAUCUUAAUGUUCUUCGGAUGGAUUGGCUUCUACCCAGUUGCAUUUCUGUGUUACGAUUCCCGAAAUCUGUUUCUUCUUCAAACUUCAGUUCUCACAGUUUUGGUGGUCCUGUGCAUGCCAUAGCACUUCAAUCUGCUAACGUAAGUGCUCCGGAAGGUUUCAUUUAUGCACAGAUAACAUUUUGAGCCCAAACCAAGUGGGCUCUAUGGAAAAUGCAAAUUUCACCUUGCAAUCUUGAGGUUGAACAGAAUAUUGAAGGUGGAGUACUCUGCAAACAGACGUUGCUAUUUUGUAUUCAAGCUCAAUGCACUCCAAUUGUAUCCUCUAGAUGACUGGCUUCUGGAUGUUUGAAGAUGGCAACCGAUUCCAUUCAUCCAUCAUAUCUAAUUGAGGCUGUACCUCUUAGGGUUGAAAACUUGAUACCCCAUUUUUAUUAAAGGUUUUUUUUUUGUGGUCGGGGCAUUACUUGACCUUACCAAUUCCUACCAUUUGUACAGCUUAGGAUUAUUUCAGCGAUCCAAAUCAUACAUGUGAAUUUCAUACUGUCUUCUCAGAACACAAAUUGUUCUGAUUUUUACAAGUUUAAUUAACAUAA